GAUUGAGGCCAUCGCCAUGCUUCUCCUAGACUACCAGAACGUGCUCAUCCAGGCGCUCCUCACGGAGCGGUUCGCUGGGGGCAACCCCGUGUCAAUCGACCAGGUUGUUUCGGACUUUGAUGGCGUGACCUUCCAUCUGUCUACUCCCGAGUCGAAAACGAAGAUUCUCAUCUCGAUCAACCUGAAAUGCUUCAAGGAGCUGGUGCAGUAUGGGGCACAACAGGUGCUGGAGCGGGAGUACGGCCCGUACAUCGUCUCUCCCGAGCCUGGAUACGACUUCUCGGUGCAGAUCGAUCUGGAGAAUCUCCCGGCGGAGCAGGAGGCCAAGGACGAGCUGAUCAUGCGCCUCGCCUUGUUGAAGCGGAACGUGAUGGCUGCCCCGUUUGAGCGGGCGUUCGAUGAAUUCGCACAGCUUUCAGAGGAGGCUUCAAGGUACACCACGGAAUCUGCGCCCCAGGGUGUGAAGGAAGGAGGGGAGGUCAUGGCUAUCCACUAUCGUGAGGAAGAGGCAAUCUACAUCAAAGCCAGUCACGACCGAGUCACGGUGAUCUUCAGCACUGUAUUCCGCGAGGAGACGGACCGUAUCUUUGGCAAGGUUUUCUUGCAGGAAUUCGUCGACGCCCGGAGACGUGUGUUAACCCUGCAGAACGCUCCCCAAGUGCUCUUCCGAAACGAUCCCCCGCUUGAGUUGGCUGGCGUCCCUGGUCUCAAGGACUCGGGCGAAGGUGAAAUCAGCUACGUGACUUUUGUUCUUUUCCCUCGUCACCUUACCCCUCAGCGUCGUUAUGAAAAUAUCUCCCACAUCCAGACCUUCCGUGAUUACUUCCACUAUCAUAUCAAGGCCUCGAAGGCAUACAUCCAUACCAGAAUGCGCAAGAGGACAGCAGAUUUCCUCCAGGUCCUCAAUCGUGCGCGACCAGAAAACGAGGAGCGGGAAAGGAAGACGGCCAGUGGACGUACCUUCCGGGUUCAGGGCUAGAUCUUGCUUCUAUCAUUCUCAUUCGUGUCCAUACCAUUACUUCACACAAGUCAGUCUCUAUACUCGGAUGCGGAGGACUUACGGUCAGCCCGCUACCUGUAGAUUUACUCAAUCCUAUGUUCCUAUUUUCUGUUGAUAUGUACUAUCCUAGUCCGUUCUCAAUAUGUAGAUAGGAGAGUAGAGCGACUCAUCUGUUGAGUACAAAGUGCCAGUUGUGUCUUCUUCCUUACUAAAGGCUUGUGCAGGUAGUCUUUUCUCGCCUGACAGAGGGUCUGUAUCCAUAGCCGGCCUGUUUCAGUAACCAUACAAGUCUCCAGAGCGAAAAGAGAGCACUAGAAUGACGAUAAACCGUUCACCGAGUGCCAGCAUAGCUUAAUUCAACCUCUCUGAUGCUCUGUAUCUGUAGGUCUAUCAUUGAAUUUGUUGUC